UGAUGAAGUCUUGAGAACACAUAAUGCCUCCGUUGAAGCCCCCAUGGGUGGUGGUGAAUCAUCCACCGGAGCUCAGGGAGGCGAGGAAAGCGACCCCAUACAUGGCUGCCUCACUCUCACACCCGUCUCACAAGUGCAGAGGAUUCUGAUGUCCCACGCAGCUGCAUUAUUAGGGCUAAUGACACCUCGUCCUUCUAAUGGCGAUGGGGAGACGACCCCACCACGACUGCUGGUUUUUAUGGUGCGACGGGACCAGUGCUCACUGACGAAACGGUCGCCAUUCGUGAACAGGUACACGAUUAUUAGGUUGGUGAGGAUGAGGAUGCCGGUGGGGACUGCUCUCGAGCAGUCAGUGAUGGAAGGACAUGUGCUCUUCUUGCUCCAAUGCGAAUGCUUCGCCGUCGGCGCCAUGUCGGCGAAGCCGUGCGCGCCGACGGGCGAACGUGGUGCGCGCACCAGCUGCUCGAUGAAUGGUCAAAGAAAGGCUUCCACGUGAGAGCUUAGCUGGUCACGCUGUUGAUCGUUGAUGGUGAGAUGUUUACAUUGAUUCCCAUCUUUUUCAUUG